AUGUGCAAGGACGGUGAAACUACGAAUAAAAAGUCUGCCAAUGGCAGCAACGGCAGUAACAAUGAUAAUAAGGAAGAACCCGCCAAGAAAAAAGCCAAAACGGACCAGAAAUUCGACGUGGUCUUGAAUCCAGCCGUCCAAACUCCCGCACACGAACAACAAUUGAAAGACGCCUAUCAAGCAUCGACACCCUACCAUCAUGGUCGCAUUGAAAAUGUCUUUGCGCCUGAUUUGUUGAUGGCGUGCAAGGAACAAAUCAAGCAACAUUCCAAAGUCAAUUUUAAAGAGACGGAUCUGUUUCGGGUCUACCAGAGCAUUGAUUUCGCCAAUCUGACACCCGGCUCUGAAUUGGCCCAACAAAUGCCCGCCGUCAUGCAAUUGCGACAAGUCCUGUAUUCCCAAGAAUGGAGAUCCAUGAUUGAACGCGUCACUAAUUUACAACCUGGCACGUUAUCCAAUCAAGUCGAUUGUGCUUGCAAUUGUCACGCUCCCGGAUGUCAUUUACUCUGUCACGACGAUGUUAUUGGAACACGUAAAGUCUCCUAUAUCAUCUACUUGACUGAACCCGAUUGGACACUAGAAGAAGGAGGCGCUCUGGAACUCUACGAUUCGGUUCCAGAAGAAGACAACAACAAUAAUGCUGGUCGACGAGAACCGGAAACCUGUCCUUCCAAGACGGUCUUGCCACUCUUCAACAGCAUGGCAUUUUUUGUGGUAGAACCGGGAGUCUCCUUUCAUGCCGUACAAGAAGUAUUGGGAGAACGACCCCGUCUCAGUGUCCAGGGAUGGUAUCACGCUGCCAAAGCACCCGAACAAAUCCAACAUGCUACCCUUAAUCGACUCAAGGAAAUGAACACUGACGAUAAUACGAGCGCCCCAAAUAAUGACAGCACGGAUGGUUUUACACCCUUCAUGCCACCACAAGAAGAAGCAAAACAAUCUUCGAACGACGACGAAACACCGACAAUUUUAUCCAAAGCGGAUCGAACGUACCUGACAAAGUAUUUGAACGACACCUAUCUCAACCCCACUGCCAUGGACGAUAUUCGAAAACGAUUUGAAGAGGAUUCCAGCGUACAGUUGAGACAGUUCUUUCGAUCACAGUGGUCCGACGCCAUCAAAGAGGCUACCAAAGACAAGGACCAAGCCAAACCCAAAGUAGACGACGACGGGUACUACCAAUGGGGUGUUUCGGAGGAAUGGAAACUGAUUGGGCCGCCUCACAAGCAACGGUAUCUGCAGUAUGACGAAAAAGAAAUGUCGUCGCAAAAUGAUGACAAGCCGUCGUCGUCGGCAGGACAACUACUCGCACAGCUCCAACAGAACGUCUUGCAAUCUCCGCAAUUUGCCAGAUAUCUCCAUUGCGUCACCAGUUUGGGAAAUCCCUUGGGGUACAAGGGACAGAUUCGUAGAUUUCGUCCCGGUCUGGAUUACACGGUCGCUCACUAUGGGAUUCUCACGCACAAGGCCGUCCUCGAUGCGACCAUGUGUUUUGCGGCCGGUACCGGUGGAGUCCUGCAAAAGGACAGCGACGACAAGCAAAAGAAGAAGUCCAGUACGGACGAAAAAGACGACGACAAUGAAGAUGACAUUGACGAAGCCGACAUGCUCUGGCAGUCCGACGAGAUGGGAGGCUUUGAGUGCUACAUUGAAGCCGAUGAUUAUGACGGCGAGUCCAAGGAAAAGGAGGAAGGCAUGCCCGAAGCAGCUGACGAAUACAAUGCCGAGGAUGACACCAAUCUUUUGAGCGUUUCUGCAAGCAACAAUACACUGUCCCUAGUCUACCGUGAUCCAGGAACAAUGCGGUUCAUCAAGUACGUUGGAUCUCGUGCUCCCAGCUCUCGAUGGGACAUUAGCAUGGAAUAUCAAGUGCCCGAGGAUGGAGACGAUGUGAACGAUGAUGAGGGUAUGGCAGAGAAGGAGGAAUGA